CGCUAAGUGAUCAAAUCGCACUACCAAACAAGAGCGAAUGAGAGAUUGUGAGAGAUAAAAGUGAGAUAAAGGAAAACGAUAAUCUCGUCCCGAAGAGAUAAAAACGUGUUCGUACACUUUACAUUACAUACAUUCGACGACUUUGAUUUUAUAAAGGUCUCGCGCGAGAGAUACUUAUUCUAAGAGUACGAAAUUCGCACGAAUUAACUCUGCAAAUUGUCGCAAAUCGAUUCGAGCGAGCGAGGAAGAAUGACGCACCCCGCCAGGAUUUUCACCGCGCGAAUUAUCACGUUUGACAUAAUCAACAUCAUGCAUCUUUCGACAGUCAGCUGUGGUCGUGAUUUAUGAAGCAAUAAUCUUAUCUCUGAGGUAACGCAGUAAAAGACGCACGGUAAACACACCUGCCUAAAUCCUCUCACACUCGUAUAUAGCAAAGCAAGCGCGAAGGGGAUUCUUAAAAGCACGUGAUCCUACGUGGUGGAAAGUUAACGCCAAGAUGCAUCGUAUUGUCGAGUUGGUCGCAAAUAGCGCUUUGCUGUGGAUUAUCCUCCAGACCGCGAUGAGUGUGCUGGUCACCGUCCUGUAUGAGUUUUGCAUUCCCUGGAUUAUUUGGGGCUCACUGAUUGUCGUGAUAGUGUUGAAAUUGGUCCGAGUGUCUCCUCCGCCUACCAGCACUAUACAAGAGGUGCUCGGCGUGAAUCCGCUCCUCCUGAGCAAAGAUAACUCCGUGUCCGAAAACCACGGUAAUGGAGAGCAAUAUUGCAUGCGAGUGGUGGCCCACCGUGGUGGAGGAUACGAUUAUCCUGAGAACAGUUUGUUGGCUUUCCGAAAUAGCAGAGGAAAGGGUUGUAGUGCAGUGGAGCUUGAUUUACGCCUAACAAAGGAUAACAUUCCAAUAAUAUUCCAUGAUUCAACAAUCGAAAGACUCACAGGCCAGGCAGGAACGAUUAGUGAAAUGACAUGGGAAGAAUUGAGGGAAUUUGAUAUAACUUAUAAUCACCCACUUAAGAACAAAUUUUCCGAAGGCGAAAGGAUCGCACUGUUAGACGACGCAUUGCAAGAAUGUCUGAACAGCGAGCAAAGAAUAAUUAUAGAUAUAAAAGAGACGAAGCUGGAUGUCGUGCAAGUUGUUCUAGACGCCUACAAAAAGUAUCCAAAAUUGUUCCAGAGAGGCGUUGUGUCGAGUUUUAAUCCAAUCGUAGUGUACAUGAUUAGGAAGAAAGAGCCGCGUAUUGUUUCAAGUCUCGCUUGGAGGCCGUAUUUUUUCUCGAGAGCAUCGUACGUCGGUCUGGAAGCACCUGGCCCAGUACGAUAUCAUAAUCCAUUUAAGCAUUUGGCAGCUUGCCUCUUGGAAAUUUUGUAUGAAUGGCUACUACCGAGCUUUGUCUACUAUGUGGUUGGCGUUUCCGCCAUGCUAUUGCACAAGGACAUAGUAAACCCACGCGUAAUCGAACGAUGGCGUGAACGCGGUGUCCGCGUGAUGGCAUGGACAGUGAAUCGGCCGUCGGAGAAAGUGCAUUUCUCGAGGUUCCUUAAAGUCACCUAUUUAACCGAUACGCUACAUCUAGAAAAGGACAUGUAGUAAUGUCCGAUAUAUUUUUGUUCAGUAUUAAAUUUCAAAGACUUUGUACCAUACGCUGGCAUUAUGCACGUACAAAUUUUUAUACUUUCGAUUAUACAGAUUAUAAUCAUCGUCAUUGAUAUCAACCAUCUAGUCGGGUCGUAAAAAAAUUGUCAUAACGACUUACAUUACUUUAAACAUAGAUUAUAAGGCACUUAUUUUAUGUCUUGUACAAGGCACAUAUGUAUGUGCGAAUAGCGAUAAUAAAAUUAUUCGUUACAUUAAGGGGAUUUAAA